CAGUUGGUCUCCGUAUGUAGUUAGCUUGAAAAAUAACGGUUGUCAUUUUUUUAACAGCCGAAAAAACACGACUUAUAAACGCUUAAUAACUCUUACAACAUUUAAGCUAAAAACGCACUCACUAACAACAACAACAACAACAACAACAAUCGUCUUGUAUUAAUUAAUAACCAGCCGUUUGUUUGUUUCUUCUGUCGCGCGACUUUAAGACGAAGCCACGUGAUCUUGCCGGCGCUACGUCAUACCCGGAAGUGAAACGGCUGGAAUGUAUUUGUUUUUAACUGCUGUGUUUCCAGUGCAGGUACAUGGUGUUUCUGUGGCUGUGCAGUAACGCCAGCUGAAGAAUGAAACGUCUCACUCGUCGACAGUGGGACAAGAAGCAAUGCAGUAACUUCCCGUUUACAGGAAAAUACAGUAACUGACCGUAAGGUAAAGGAAUUUGUAGUAAAAUAGGUACAGUAGGUAGCUAGUUUAAUGUAGCAUUGCUCUAGGUCGCCACUUCCUUUUAAGGUAAAAUACCCGCCAUGAGCUCGUAGAUGUUUACGUUGUGACCAAAGGUUAUUCCGAGUUUGGAGUCACCUUUUACUAAUGACUUUGCAAAAGGGUGUAUUGUAAUAAAAGAGGCACAUGUGGACCAAUUCACCUCCUCGACUGAGCUAGCAGUCAUUUCACAUGAUGUCUAUCUUUGGAGCAAGAGCAGUCUUUCUCAGACUGAGGUACAGUUUCCAGAGAGCAGGCUCCUUCACCAGAACCAGACUCAUCCAGAACUCCAGGGCAUGCUUUGCUAAAAGAGGGCAGAUUUUCACCCAGAUACCCAAGGUUACAUUGUUAUGUUGGGGUGCAGUCAGUGCAUCUUCCUGUGCAGCCACAUGCCAGGAAGCAACUGUCCCACGCCACACUGCUGAAAGAAAGUCUCUUGCCAAAGUGCAAGUGCACAAAGUAAUAUUUUUUCUGCGCCUUAUCUUUCGUGCAUUGGUGCUGCUCCUCAAAUUUGGCCCCCUUCUCCUCUUGUCCCCCUUGGUUCUGGUGUCCACUCGCUGGGCGUCUUGCUGGCUGGAUGCUCUGCUGUGGGUGACUGAAACAUCUGGCCCCACUUUCAUUAAGCUGGGGCAGUGGGCCAGCACCAGGCGGGACGUCUUCUCUCAGGAGUUUUGUGAGCGCUUCUCUAGGCUUCAUGUAAGAGUGCCUCCUCACUCCUGGGCCCACACCAAGCAGUGUCUCCGGAGGGCUUUCGGGGAGGGCUGGAGGAAGGUUUUAGUGUUUGAGAGCAAAGAGCCUGUGGGUUCAGGAUGUGUGGCACAGGUGUACAGAGGCUGGGCGAAGGCGGACCAGGUGGAUGACCCAGCUUUCCACUCACUGGUGGAGGAGAUGGAGAAAGAAGACUUGCUUGAAGCAUGGGAGAUUCCUGGUCUGAGAGGAGUGGCCAGGUCCUUGUGGCAGCUCUGGAGGGGGACUAAGGAGGACGAUGGCUAUGAGGAGAGAAGUCACACAGAGGGGGGAGAUAAGGAGAGCAGCACAGAGAAGGAGCACCUGAUACCUGUGGCUAUUAAGGUGAUUCAUCCAGGCGUCAGGAGACAGGUGGAAAUUGACCUGCUGCUAAUGAAAGCAGGCAGUUGGCUCCUAAACUGCCUGCCUGGACUCAAGUGGCUCAGCCUGUGUGAGGUAGUAGACGAGUUUGAGAAGCUCAUGACCAAACAGAUUGAUCUCCGUUUUGAGGCCAGGAACAUCGAGCGUUUCCAGGAAAAUUUCCGCAAUGUGGAUUACGUCAAGUUCCCAACUACGUUACGACCAUUUGUCACCAGGACCGUUUUAGUGGAAACUUUUGAAGAGAGUGAGCCCGUAUCCAAGUACCUGAGCUCGUCGAUCCCUCAGGAGGUGAAGCAGAAAAUAGCCAGGAUGGGAAUAGAGACCAUGCUGAAGAUGGUUUUCGUGGACAACUUUGUCCAUGGGGAUCUCCAUCCUGGGAACAUUCUGGUCCAGUGUCGGGGGCCUCAUCCUGAUUCCACUGACAGCACUGGUAUGUCAGGGGAUGCACAUGGCAAGACCACCCUCACUGACCUGUGGGACACAGUGGUGGUCAGCAUCAGGCCCGUCCCAUGUCCUCUCCAGCUGGUGCUGCUGGAUGCUGGCAUCGUAGCCCAGCUCAGCGACUACGAUCUCGCCAACCUCAAGGCUGUUUUUACGGCUGUGGUGCUGCAGCAGGGUGAGCGAGUGGCUGAAUUGUUCCUGCAUCACGCUCGGGCCAAUGAAUGCAAAGACGUACCGCAGUUUAAGAAGGAGAUGGCCCAGCUGGUGGACCAGGCCCUCAGCAAAUCCCUCUCUCUGGGAAAGUUCCAAGUAGGAGAUCUGCUUUCCAGACUCUUCGGUCUACUCAUCAAACACAAGGUGAAGCUGGAGAGUAAUUUCGCCUCGAUUGUCUUUGCCAUCAUGGUGCUGGAGGGUCUCGGCAGGUCGCUCGAUCCCAACUUGGACAUCCUGGAUUUGGUCAAACCUCUGCUGCUAAAGAACUGUGCCUCACUGCGAUGACAAACACACACAAACAUACAGACACACAAAGCUCUAGCACAGUGGACCACACACAGACAGGCACCUUAAGUACACAUACAGCUAAGUCCCUACUGUAUACAUAGAGUACAUCUAUAAUAGGGCUGCCACUAACGAUUAUUUUCAUUGUCGACUAAUCUGUCGGUUAUUUCUUCGAUUAGUCAA